CAAAUGUUAUAGCAAUAAAUGAGAUUGCAUAGUUUGUAUGUUUUUCAACAGAAUUUCUGUUUAUAAUUUUUUAUAUUUAAAAUAUGUACUUUUUCUUUCUAGUAAUCCAGAUACAGCACAAUAUUUAAGUUUUCCUGCUAUAAGAUGUAGCAUGCAACGUGAACGAAUAAAAAGUCGACCUCCUGUACCUGAUACAUUAGCAGCAUUACGUGAUAUUGUGGAAAACUGUGAUAUAAUAAAAAAUGUGUAUGAAGGAAGCGUAACUACAAAUGAUGGAAAAACUGCAAUAAUUUUAUCUAGCAAUUAUUUACUAGAAGCUUUAUCAUCUGCUACAGAACUCUAUGUAGAUGGAACAUUUUCUGUUCUCCCGCGCAAACCUCAUAUUAUGCAACUUUACUCUGUACAUACACGAUACAUGGAUACGGGCAUUGCAACAUUAUUCAUUUUGUGUGAUGUGCGUACGGCUACUAUGUAUGAUAUUUUGUGGGAUAAAAUUAUACAGCUGGUACCACAACUUAAACAAAACAUUAAUUUUGUAAUGAGUGAUUUUGAAAUGGCUGCAGUAAAAUCGCUUAGUACGAAGUUUACCACAGCAAAGUUAACUGGAUGUUGGUUCCAUUUCAACCAA